AUGGGGUCUAUGGGCGAGCCUGAUGCUGCAUAUUGCGAUGUGCUCCUCGUUGGGGCUGGUUUCGCAUCGUUCACUUUGUUGAACAGAUUACGCAAGCUUGGGCUAGACGUGAAGAUCCUUGAGAAGGGGUCUGCUUCGGGUGGUAUUUGGCACUGGAACUGCUAUCCCGGUGCCCGUGUCGACUCUGACACUCCCAUCUAUCAGCUCUUCGACAAGGAGCUGUGGGAGGACUUCACCUUCAAGGAGCGAUACGCAGGCUGGCCUGAGCUCCGUCGGUAUUUCAAGCACGUGGAGAAGAAGUGGAACAUUGAGGACCACACUGAGUACAACAAGCACGUCGAUGGCGCUUUCUUCGAUGAGAAGACACACCAAUGGACCGUCGAGUGUGCUGAUGGUUCAAACUACAACUGCCGCUGGUUCAUUCCAUGCAUUGGCUUUGCCGCCCGCCGGUAUCAGCCACCAAUCGCCGGACUCAGCGAGUUCAAGGGAGAUGUCUACCACACUGCCGUCUGGCCACAGCACGGCGUAAACCUCAAAGGCAAGCGGGUCGCUCAAAUCGGCACUGGUGCUUCUGGUAUUCAGGUCGCACAGGAGAUCGGUCCUAUCGUCAAGUCGUUGACACUCUACAUGCGCACACCAAACUUCUGCUUGCCAAUGAACCAGUGUCCACUCGAUCCGAAGGAGGAGGAGAAGAAGAAGGCCAACGGAGACUACGAAAAGGCCAUGGAAGAUACUCGCAAGACUUUCUCGGGAUUCACCUACGACUUCGUUGACAAGAACGUUUUUGACGAUACACCCGAAGAGCGUGAGAAGUUCUUCAACAACCUCCUAAAUGAGCAGGGUGGUUUCCGCUUCUGGCUGCAGAACUACAAGGAUUACCUUUUCGACGAUGCCGCCAACGAGGAAGUCUACAAGUUCUGGCGUAAGACUGUGCUGAAGCGUAUCAAGAACCCCGAGAAGCAGCGUCUACUCGCUCCUGAGAAGGCACCUCACCCCUGGGGCACAAAAAGGCCGUCGCUCGAACAGCGCAUCUACGAAGUCCUCGACCAGGACAACGUCGAGAUCAUCGACGUCAACGAGAACCCAAUCGAGAUUGUGGAGGGCAAUGGUCUGCGAACUAAGAAGGGUCUGGCUGAGGUCGAUGUGCUCAUCCUUGCUACUGGUUUCGACAGCGUAACUGGCUCGCUCGGCCAAUUGAACAUUCGUGGCACUGACGGUGGCACCAUUGCCGACCACUGGAAGGACAGGCUGCAAACCUCUAUGGGCAUUGCUAUCCCAGGUUACCCUAACAUGUUCUUCUUGUACGGUCCACAAGCCCCUACCGCCUUCUCCAACGGCCCAUCAUGCACACAAUUCCAAGCCGAAUUCGUUGAGGAGGUCUUCAAGCGCAUUAAGGGUGAUGGUAUCACUCGCUUCGAGGCCACCAAGGAGCAGGAGGACGAAUGGUGCAAGCGCAUGAACGAGAAGUGGGAUGCCACUCUGUUCCCUAAGGCCAAGUCAUGGUACUCGGGUGCUAACAUCCCUGGUAAGCGUGUCGAGCCAUUGAACUGGGCUGGUGGUAUGGUUGACUACGUUGCUGCGCUCCACGGCUCGCUGGACAAUGAUUACCAAGGCUGGCAUACCGAUAAGGUCAAGCAGAAGCAGGAUACUGCGAUAUGA